UCAGCCGGGCUGGAAGGAGCGGGGCAUAGGCAUGCUGAAGUUACUGCGCUCACCGCCACCCAACAGCCGUGUGCGUGUAGUCAUGCGCAGAGAUCAGAUCCUCAAGGUUUGCUGUAAUCACCCUAUCACAGCGGAGAUGAAGCUUCGACCGUUGCAACAGCAAACAGAUGCGUCGACGCCAACGCUCGCCUGGAUCUGGUGGGCGGUUGACUUUGCUGAGACGGAGGAGGGGGCUUCAGCUGGCGACAGUGGCCGUAAGGAGACAUUUUCUGUACGAUUCAAGACCCCUGAGGAUUCGGAGGCCUUCCAUCAAGCCUUCAUGGGCGCUGUAAAGGCUGCUGGUGGAGAAGAUGCCAAGUUGGAACCGCCGCGUUCUAGUUCUACACCCAGUGGACCAGCUAAUAGCGCAACCACUAAAGAUUCGAAGCGAGGCGAAGAGUCGUCAGAUGAAUCCGAUCUGGUCAUCGUGGAGCACAGCCCGCUCUCGCCAGAGCAGGUCGAACGCGCUCGCGCCCUCCAACUGCCUGACGACUUCUACGCCUACGAAACCGUCACUGACGACGGUGGUCGUCGCCGGCACCACCACCGUGAGGCCAUGAGCCCC